AUGGGUAGAAGAGCCAAGAAUAAGCAAGCAGCACCACCAAGUCUUGAUGAAUUUCAAGCUACUAUGGGUCCUAAAAAGGAUUCAAAAAGAAAGAGAUCUACUGAAACAAAAAAUGAAUUACCUACUACUAAAAAAGUGAAACAAACUACUAAUUCUAAACCGGAACAAGCAUCAAAGUCUAAGAAAUCUAAAUCCAAAUCCAAAAAACAAGAAAGUGACGACGAAGAAGAAGAAGAUGCAGAUUUACCUGAAGUAGAUUUGGAAGAAUUAGCAUCAGCUAAGAAAUCCCUUUUUGAUGAUUCCGACGAUGAUGAUGAAGAAGAAUUAAACGAUGAGUUUGAUGUUGAAAAUGAUGAAUUUGAUAUUGAUGGUGAAGAUCUUGACUCUGAUGAAGAAGAUAGAGCAAGACCAAUGUUCUCUGAUGAUGAAGAUGAAGAUUUAGAAAACUUGAAUGCCCAAAACAUGGAACUUUAUUCUAAGAGACUUGAUGAAGAAGAACAAUUAGAAGCCGAAGAAGCUGAAAAGGAAUUACUUGAAGGUGAAACCAAACAACCAAGAGCUAAAGUUUUACCAACUGCAGAAGAAGAAGAAUUGAUGGAACAAGGUCCUCAAGAUGUUACCAUGGUUAGAACUAGAAUGCUUGAAAUUGUUAAAGUAUUGGAAAAUUUCAAAGAAUUGGCCGAAGAAGGUAAAUCCAGAACAGACUACACUAAUAGAUUAUUAAAAGAUAUCUGUGAAUAUUUUGGAUAUUCUGAAUUCUUGGCUGAAAAGUUGUUCAACUUAUUCUCCCCAGCUGAAGCCAUGGAAUUCUUUGAAGCCAAUGAAAUUGCCAGACCAGUCACAAUAAGAACAAAUACUUUAAAGACAAGAAGAAGAGAUUUGGCUCAAGCUUUAGUCAAUAAGGGUGUCAAUUUACAACCAAUCGGGUCAUGGACUAAAGUUGGUUUGCAAAUCUUUGAUUCACAAGUUCCUAUUGGUGCUACACCAGAAUAUUUGGCUGGUCAUUAUAUCUUACAAGCUGCUUCAUCUUUCUUGCCAGUCAUGGCUUUGGAACCUCAAGAAAAUGAACGUAUAUUGGAUAUGGCUGCUGCUCCAGGUGGUAAAACUACAUAUAUUUCUGCUUUGAUGAAGAAUACAGGGUGUGUUUUCGCUAAUGAUGCCAAUAAAGCACGUACCAAGUCCUUGAUUGCAAAUAUUCAUAGAUUAGGAUGUAAAAACACAAUUGUGUGUAAUUACGAUGCUAGAGAAUUCCCUAAAGUUAUUGGUGGUUUUGAUAGAGUUUUGUUGGAUGCUCCAUGUUCUGGUACUGGUGUUAUUGCUAAAGAUGCUUCUGUUAAGGUCAGUCGUACUGAAAAGGAUUUCAUGCAAAUUCCUCAUUUACAAAAGCAAUUGUUAUUAUCAGCCAUUGAUUCUGUAGAUGCAAACUCACCUACUGGUGGUGUUAUAGUGUAUUCUACUUGUUCAAUUGCUGUCGAUGAAAACGAAGCUGUUGUUGAUUACGCUUUGAGAAAGAGACCAAAUGUUAAAUUGGUAGACACUGGUUUGACAAUAGGUAAAGAAGGUUUUACCUCUUAUCGUGGUAAACAUUUCAACCCAAAGAUUGCUUUAACUAGACGUUAUUAUCCUCACACUUACAAUGUCGAUGGUUUCUACGUAGCCAAGUUUAAGAAAAUUGCUCCAUCUCCACAUGAUGUUUCCAAAGCCGGUGCUAAAGAAAAGGAAAAUGCUGCUAGAGCUGAAGCAGAAGAAGAAGGUAUUAUUCAUGAUGAUUUCGCUGAGUUCAAUAAUGAAGAAGAUGAAAAGUUCAUUGAAAAAUCCAAAAAGGACAACUUGAAAAAGAAAGGUAUUAAUCCUAAUGCUGGAAAGAAGUAA